AUAUGACCUAGAUAGAUAGAUAGAUAGAGGGACGGACGGAUGAAUGGAUAAUCUCCACUUGUUUUAUUUUGAAGGGGAGCGCUCGUUCCGUGUCCCAGCUCGCGGUUGGCGCGCUGCUGGCUGCUCCGGUGUCUGCAGGGCGGGGUUUGUUGUGAGAGAGACACUCACCAGGGAAGAUGGCGACCGCAGGGUCCGCCGAACGGCCUGGCAGACCGGCCAGCGUCGCCGCCGCCGCCGCCGCCAGGUACCGGUCCGGGUCCGGAGCUGGUUGCGGGUCCAUAUCCGGGUCCGGGUCCAGCCCGCCGGAGAGCGAGGGGAAGAAGUGUUCGGAGGGGCAGCCCGGCGGCAGCAGCCCGCCCUGCGGACACCCGGCCUGUCCUCUCUGCAGAGCCCGGCGGAGCUCCGGCAGCGGAGAGCGGCUCCGGAGGAGGAGUGACCCGGAGAGGAGCAGCAGCAGGCCGGGCAGGAGGGACUGCGACAGCCGGAGAGAGUUCUUCGUCUCUCCUGCUCUCAUCCCAAAAUGCUGUGAUGUUUUAUCAGGACCGACUGGGAAACACAAGCUGCCGAUGUCUGAGGACAGAGAGGAAGGGGCGAAGAGGAGAAACUGUAAAGAAGAAUCAGUGCGACGUGAUGAAGAGCCUGGAGUUCUGUCCGACUCAGAGAACGAGGAGCCCAUCAGCAGGAGGAUCAGAAACAUCUCGGCCUUCAUCAGGAAACCCAAAACAUCUGCAGCCUUUACAGGUGGUUCUCAGAGGAGUCAGAGCUGCACCGACUCGGUGGAGGACAGAGGAGGGAAGCUGAAGCUCGUCACCCAGCCGACGUUCAUGGACAGAGUCGGCAUCAGUCACAGUUACACAGCAGGAAUCCUCCUGUCGUCUGAGAACAGUCGCUCCGUCUCCGCGCCCAUUAUCGCUCCCGACCGGAGGCUCACCUGGCGAGCUGUUGUCUCAUCAUCAUCGACUCCUCUGGGCCUUCCUCCGCCUCGACCCGAGCGCUCCAUCAGCCCCGAGAGCAACGACAGCAUCUCCGAAGAACUCAACCACUUCAAACCUAUCGUCUGCUCGCCAUGCACGCCGCCAAAACGCCUGCCGGACGGGCGUCUGAUGGAGCCCACCAUCGUGAAGUCCACGCCCAGGAACCUGACCCGCGGCCUGCAGAAGGCCACCAGCUACGAGGCCAGUCCCGCUGUCCUGCAGAAGUGGAGGCAGAUCGAACUGGACCGGCAGAGCCUCAAAGUUAACUCCAAGGCCACGCUGACCAGCCCCGUCAACGAGCUGCACAACAAGACCGCCGUUAGCGAGGAGGCAAAGAUGAAGUCCGGAGACAGAGUCACGUCGGUCAACAAGAGGAGGCUGCUGUUCGACCCUCCAGCCGGAGACACAGACACCUUCCAGAAACAGUCUGUAAAGAUCCGGGUCCCUGCGAUCCGCUACAGCAGCGAGACGACUUUCAGAGGAAGUUCAGACUUUGAGCCGUCGGUCGGUGCUCCUGAAUCCGGCAGCGGAGGAGCGAUUUUCAGUCGAAAACAGUCAUUCUCGCCGUACACUAAAAACUCUGGUUUCCAGUCCUGUAAAAAAGUGCCAAAGGACUCACAGAGUCCAAGGAAGGAGUCUGACAGUGUCCUCCACAACCAGUCUACCUCAAGGAGGGGCAAGAAGAGGGAACAGAAGACCAAACACCUGGACUCGGAGCAGGACUCUGACCUGAAAAGGAGCCGGUCCGUCAGCCAGGAGGCCUUCGACGAGAGGUACGUGAGUCAGACCCAGCAGGAGCGCCAGGACCGAGCCAUCGCCGUGAAGCUGCAGAGACAGUUCGACCUGGAGAACCAGACCAUCAACCGCCGGAGGAGCCCCGAUAAGUACUUCCUGCGCUCCUGGAUGUCCAAUCAGAACCGCAGGAGGCGUGGCCUGAGGAGAUCCCGACGAAUCAACAAGAAGCACUAGAAAGGGGUCGUCCGCCGACUCUGCAGAAAGACAGAUAGGAAGCGGUUCAUAUAUGCAAAGUUACGAAAAGUAUGAAUGUUUUUAAAAGAUGAGAAAAACGCUGUUGAGGAAAAGACUGAACACUUCCUCCAAACUUUGUUUAUUUUGAUCUUUUCACCAGCAAAUCACCAAAAACUGAAUGAAAAUCAUCUCCAGUCUGAAAUCUGAUCGGUCUGCAUGUCUCCGGAGGACAACCGGACUUUAUUUUGACCAAAAAUCCAAAGACAUGAUGAUAAAAAGACGAUUGUUGCUCUAUAAAUCAACAUAUAACCAGACACCAUUAGUCACAGGCCCAGACCAGGACUGGAGCCCCACAACCUGUUCCAGGUUUUCUGUGUGUCAGGCAGUUUGUGUUAAUGUGAUUUAAACUGUUCUUUAUCAAUUAGGGAACAAAACAAUAUGAACUCAAUAAAGCAUUAUUAUAUACUUAAUUUUAAAUUGGCAAAAAUAUGAAUGGGCUUUGGUCCUCAAACAGACUUUUGCUGCUGGGGUAGAAAGGUGGAUAUAUGACUUCAAUUAAAGAUCAGUUCAAGAUAACUUCUCCAGAGAUAGUCCAUGAAGUUAUGUGAUUAUUAUUUAGAUGUUUCCAGCCCGCUGUUGGUCCUCCGUGCACGGUUUGGAAACCCCAACAUUAAGGGUCAGGAUCAGACAAGAUCAUGAUUUGAAAUCUCCAGUUAAUCUUCCUGCCAGAUGUUGCACCCAAAGAAAAUGAAUUAUGUGCAACUCAUAGACACACAGUGAACCUGGUGCUUCAGGGGCCACUGAAGAUUUGAGGUCUCAGCUGCCACUGGAGGCCUGAAUAUUCAAACCCCGCUGGAGGUCUGAGGCUUCUAGUCUAGACGGAUUUCAGAAAAAAGGCCUACUAUAAGAAGUGAGGAGCAUUUAUGGGUACAAGUCGGG